CCUAUUGACUGCUCCAUACGCACAGCUAUGGAGGGGCUUUUGAUGGCGGUGGCAUGUGUGUUCCUGUCCUGCUCUGUCAAAGGAAAUGACUGGUGGUGGGAGUAUGAAGAGGGGAUUCGACACUACAGCAAGGAGGCUCUAAAUAAGGAGUUUCCUGAGAAAACUCGCCCGAUCAGCUUUAAACAUCCUGUGUUCCAGUGCCCUGACAUGACCCCCUCUCCCUCUGUCCCCUCUUCAGUUGAAUUUGUGAAGGCAGCGGAUAUUAAAGUCAUUGCCGCUUUGGGGGACUCACUAACAACAGCGAUAGGUGCUAAUGCCACAACUGUGCUCGGAAUCCCUAUAGAAUUUCGCCAUGUGUCAUGGAGUAUUGGAGGUUAUGGAACUUUUCAAGACGUGAUAACUUUGGCCAACAUCAUCAAACUAUUCAAUCCCAAUCUGCUUGGUGCUUCUCCUGGAAAGACUAUCCAUGGGAUGCAGGCUCAUAUCAGUGAAACGGGUUUUAAUCUGGCUGUGACUGGACACAACACCUUCAACCUCCCUGGACAGACGAGAGAAUUAAUUGACACUCUGAGGCGAUAUGAGGGCCUCAACUUUGAAGAAGACUGGAAGCUUCUAACUAUUCUUAUGGGCAUGAAUGACAUCUGUGAUUACUGCAAAGAUAAGACUAUGUUUUCAGUGGAUAACUUCAUUCACUACAUGACCCUUUCUCUGGAAAUGCUCAUGAAUGAGGUUCCUCGUAUGAUUGUCAACGUGGUGCAGAUCCUACCCAUGCACACUUUGAGAGAGGUACAGAAGCCCACCCCUGGGUGUCUUCUACAGCGGUCCUUCUGCUCCUGCCUGAUAGAGCCAGUUUCCAGAUCUCCUGAACUUCAGGAGCUUGUUGAAGUCAAUCUGGAGUUUCAGAAAAGACUUGAGGAGCUUUUGUAUAGCGACCGCUUCUUCAGGGAGGAUUUUGCUGUUGUUCUUCAGCCCUUUCUGAAACACGCUGACCCUCCUCGCCUCCCGAAUGGGAGGAUUGAUAUGAACUUCUUCACUCAUGACUGCUUCCACUUCACCAUUAAAGGACACGAGGAGCUGGCAAAAGGACUGUGGAACAACAUGUUUCAGCCUGAGGGAGGGAAGAUGAUUGUGAGCAGUUUUUCUGAACCCAUCAGCCUCAUCUGUCCACCAGUGGACCACCCAUAUAUUUUCACCCGCCCGGUCGCAGCCAAGUCCAGUCAGCAUCUACUUCACUCCAAGGCUAAAACCCUGGCAGCCAUCAUCCUGCUGCUUCUGCUUCAUGUGGCUUAAAAAACAUCUGAUUUUCUGCUCACAACUUUAUAUACAUUAUCUUGGGAAUGAAGGUCAUAAUCAUUCAAUGAGGCAUUUAACCUGUUCUUUUCCACAAUCAAGGAUUUUACAGCAUUCACUUUCAGGUUUUUACUUUUAACAACAAAUAUUAUCUAAAUAUUAGUUAGGUGUUUUUAUUUUCUUGA